GGUGAAAACUACCAAAAUUAUCACUUGGCACUUCCUUAAGAAGUAAAAGGUGUAGAACUAGAGUAGAUAAAAAUAUACAGUCUUCUGCUGUUUUUCUUUUUCUGGAUUCUUUCGUAUGAUGUCUAAAAGAAACUAAUGAAUGAUGGUGAUGAGGACAAUGACUGCAAAAAUGGAGAGGAUAGUGAAGGUGACAGAAGGGGUAAGAAGAAGCAAAGAAGACAACAGAUAUUAGAGAAAUUUAUAUGAAACUGGUGUUGACCCCAUGCACAUCGAGUGGGUGAUGACACAAGUUAAGGUUUGAAGGUCAGGAGCUGUGAGAGCACUCAAGGCUGCAGACGGGGACAUCGUUGAUGCUAUUAUAAAGAUAAUGGAUGAGCACGAUAAAAAGCAUGUCACUCCUGGAAUUCAGAAAGAGAUGAAUGUUCCUUCGUCUUCAAUCCUUGACACUUUUCCUUACAGGUUUGAGUCCUCAGUAUCUUCCGUUAAAUUAGGUGGAAGUAUUACUAAGUUGUACGGUAAGGACAUUUUGAAGAAUGAGCUGGAUGGUGAUUAUUUGGAUAGUAGUGGUCGAGGUAGAAGGACCAGGAGAGCAGGUUCUCGUCGAACUCGUGCUAAGUUAGCCAUUCGUGAACAGAGGCAUUCAGUGCAGCCUACGCCCCUUUUACCUGGACUUAAAAAUCAUCCCUCUAUCUACAUCCGUCUUGGUCAACGACCCACUGAACGGAAUUUUGCCACCCAAAACAAUUGGACUCGGGCAUUUGAGGUGUGCUCAAAUGCUGCAGGUAUAUACAAGGAGCUACUAUAUGAGGCUGGUUUCGGGGAUUUCUUAAGUAUCAAACCUUUUAAAAUUAGCUCUGGUGGCUAUAUGAGUGCUUUAGUGGAGCGAUAUUUCUCCGAGACACACACUUUACAUCUUGGCACUUUUGAGAUUGGUCCUACACCAUUAGCCUGGACUAUGAUUACCGGUAUUAGGUUCGGAGGUAAUCCUUUAAGUCCUCCAAAUAUUACUCCCAAAGAAUGUGCUAACCUUCUUAGACUUGAAGGCACUAAAGGGGUUAUUUACAAAGACAAAAUUAAGCUAGAAGUUCUAUGUCCUUCAACUCUGGACUUCAGUAAGGAACCAACCAUUAAUGAUCUGGAGUGGAUGUUUAGACGGCUGAUUCUCUAUCUUGUCGGAAGCAGUUUCUUCAGUGGAACUGAUUCAAUGGUUUCAAUUCGCAUGGUUUCCGCUUUGAGCAACAUUCGGAAGAUCAAUCAGUAUGAUUGGGGAGCAGCUACUUUUUCAGCCUUCUUAAGGGGUAUGAGGCAGAGAACUUCUGAAUGCUCCGGUGCUUUCUCUGGGUUCUACCCGUUCUUAUUAUUGUGGGCUUAUGAGCACAUCCCCUAUAUGAGGCCAUCGACUAGAUGGAGUCAGAGUGCUUGUGUAUUUCCUCGAGCUUGUCGAUGGAACUUGAUGGAUGUUCCGAUUACAAAUGAGUUCACUUGGUACAGAUUGGAAUUGGAAUAUUUAGAGGAGGACGAGGUUGACUUUGACCCGUACAAAGAAUUAUGGGAGAAGGAAGAUUUUCAGCAUGAGAGAGCACUUUCUCAGAAGAGAAUUGCUUUCAUGGGGUCGGAGAGUUGGGAGGUAUACAUGGGAGAAAGGAAUCUCCGUCAGUUUGGUGGCGGAAUCCAAAUUCCUCACUCGCCGCCGACUGAACGAUUUGGCGAAAAAUUGCGAAUCCUCACAAUUUCUGCAAAGUAUCUAUUGCAGGGAGCAGACGCCUGGGAUUUGCUAGAAGACGAGGAAUGUGAUUAUAGUGAAUGGUUUCAUGCUAAUUCGUUGGGGAGGAUACUUUCGUUGGAUCAGUUUCAAGGAAGAACAGUCUCGGAGUUCAGAUAUAAAUUUCUGGCAGAGGCAGGCAUCAAAUGCUGAGGCUAAGCCUAAAAAAUGGUUGUAUUUGGCUUGUUGUAUAAUUACUUUUUAUGGUUUUUUACUGUUGCUGAAAAAUUAUACACAGUAAAUGUUGUACUCCUUGAACUAAAAUAAGAAAAUGCUUUUGUUCGUUGUGCAUA